GGUUUCACUACAAAGCAGGGUGAGCUGGGGCUGAGAGUCAGGCCCAAGAGGCCAGAGGGGUGGGCAGUGUCAGGAGGACUGGAGGGGAGGAAGGAGUGAGCCCAGGGCAGGGCCCGGGCGGGAGGCUCACGCUGGAGCCUGCACUUCCUCCUCCUCCCCUUCCUGCCCGGCCGCUGGCCUCACCGACGGCUGGGAAAGGGGAAAUUCUUGAGUGUAAAGUCCAGCAGGUGGAAGGACCAGGCUGAGACUCCUGUGUCCCUCACAGUGACAGGACCCAUGGCCUGGGCUGCCGGGGGCCUUGGGGCCUGGGGGAGCUUGGUGCUGCUGGGUCUGUGCAGCUGGAGCGGGGCCAGGGCAGCUGUGAGGAACCUGAGAGUGGACGCUCAGACCAACGACUCCAUCAGCCUGCGCUGGGAGGAGCCCGAGGGCUCAGACCCACAGAACCUCACCUACUGGGUCCUGUGGACUGGAGACGGACACACAGGUGACACCCAGAGCACAGCCGACACCAGUGUCACCCUGCAUGAGCUUCAGCCUGGAUCCUUGUAUGAAUUUUCAGUGUGGUCUGAGAAGAAUGGGAUUAAUAGUUCCAGUGAGACUCAAAAUGCUGCCACAGCUCCCAAUGCGGUCACACAUCUUCAGAACACAAGUGAGACCAGCACCUCAGUCUCGCUGAGCUGGGCGGCCCCUGCAGACCCCCAUUCACAGCUUUACACCUACCGGAUCCAGUGGGCCAGCGAGGCACAGCCCCCAGAGGCUGGGACCGACUCCACCGGCAGGACAGAGGAGACGUGGUAUGUGGUGGAGGCCCUCAGUCCUGGCACUCUGUACACCUUCAGAGUGUGCGCCGAGAGGCACAAGGUGGCCAGCUCCAUGGAGAGCUUCCAGGCAUCCACAGCUCCAGACUCUGUCAGCAUUGCAUCCUGCAUCAGUGCCUCUGGGGGCUACGGGCUCUUCCUGAACUGGUCCUGCCCCUCUGGAGGCUACGAGGCCUUUGAGUUGGAGGUGGGCGGGCAGCGGGGCUCCCAAGACAGAUCUUCCUGCGGGAGCCGCGUGUUCGUGCAGGGCCUUGGGCCUGCCCGGUCCUACACAGCCACUGUCACGACCAUCUGGAGCGGGCUGAAGGCCAAGUCCGCCCCAGUGACCUGCUACACUGAGAGUAUUGGGGUCAUCGUUGGAGCCGUUGUGGGCGUCCUCCUGUGCCUCGUCCUUGCGGGCCUGCUGGUUUUGUUCCUGAAGAAGAGGAACCGGAAGAAGCAGAAGCAGAAAGCCAUGGGCCAGAGGCUUCACACAGUUCCUGUGGAGCAAACUGCGAGCUUCCCAGGGGACAUCCUGGCCAAAGACUUCACUGACCACGUCCGGCGAAACGAGAAGGACAGCAACUGCGGCUUUGCAGAUGAGUACCAGCAACUGUGCCUGGAGGGCGAGGGCCAGCCUCAGGAGGUUGCCUUGGCUCCUGAGAACAAGGCCAAGAACCGCUACAGAAACGUGCUGCCCUAUGACUGGUCCCGGGUGCCCCUGCAGCCGCUCCGUGAUGAGCCCGGCUCUGACUACAUCAACGCCAGCUUCAUCCCUGGCCUCUGGAGCCCCCAGGACUUCAUCGCGGCCCAGGGCCCCCUGCUGCGGACCGUGGGUGACUUCUGGCGCCUGGUGUGGGAGCAGCAGAGCCGCACGAUUGUGAUGCUCACCAACUGUGUGGAGUCUGGCCGGGUGAAGUGUGAGCACUACUGGCCUCUGGACGCCCAGCCCUGCAUCCAUGGGCACCUGCAGGUGGCCCUGGUAGGCGAGGAGGUGACAGAGGACUGGGCGGUGCGGGACCUGCAGCUGCUCCACACGGAGGAGCAGAAGACUCUGCCUGUGCGGCAGUUCCACUACCUGGCCUGGCCAGACCACGGCGUGCCGCCCUCCCCAGACCCCUUGCUGGCUUUCUGGAGGGUGCUGAGGCAGUGGCUGGACGAGACCUCGGAGGGAGGCCGGCCAGUUGUGCACUGCAGCGCUGGCGUGGGCCGCACGGGCACCCUCAUUGCCCUGGACGUCCUGCUGAGGCAGCUGGAGAGUGAGGGCCUUGUGGGGCCCUUCGGCUUCGUGAGGAAGAUGAGGCAGAGCCGGCCCCUGAUGGUGCAGACGGAGGCCCAGUACGUGUUCCUGCACCAGUGCAUCCUGCGCUACCUCGAGCAGUCGGCCACCCAGGCCCAGAAGGAGGCAGAGUAUGAGAAUGUGGCGGGCCUCGUCUAUGAGAAUCCGUCUGCCAUCCGGGCCCAGGAGCUGGAGGUCUGAGCCUGCAGCCCAGCUGUGCUCCAGCUCUGAGUCACCAAGGCCCAGGUUCCUGGACCCCGGACAGCAGAGGUCUGGGUCCCACCCUGGGCCCUGUGGAGCGUUGGAGCUUGAAUGCCGUGCAGGGUUGGGCCUGAGCCCCGGUCCUUUGAAGGAGGAGGGGGUGGAGGUGGGUUUCCGGCCCUCUGAGGGAGGAUAGCUGUGGCCCUGGCCAGGAUCUCAGGGGAUCAGGCUGGGGCCUAGGUUCUCGGGAAGGAAGGACUCGAGGUCUGAGGGAUGAGGGCAGGCUGGACCCUGCUCUGCUUUUACUUGGGAAGCCUGCAGUCUUCAGGGGUCUGGGGCUGAGGCAGUCCCCCUGCCCGAGGCCUCCCUGCAACCCACUGCACGUUUCCCUUCUGCCUCUAACUUAUUAAAUGUUUUCCCCCGAGGUUGCUCCAGUGGAUUUCUGGGUUUGGCGAUAAUAUUGGGGUGGGAGUGGGUAGGUGUGGCUGGCUGGCUCUUGUGUGUGCGGUGUAUGUGCGCGUGGCAGUGCCUCCUGGGCUUA